AUGCGGCGCAGUGCAAGUUUCAUUGAUGUGCUUUCGAGCUACGAGGUGAAGAUGACUUCGUAUGUAAUGCCUACAGAUGAAUACCUGGCUUCGCUGAACAUUCCCCGUUGCAGCUUCGAUUUCGAUGAUGCGGAUCAACUAAGGAUACAUUUAAUGUGUGCGAUGCUUUGCUGUCCUAAGCAAAUUGACGAUGAUGGAUGCAUAAGAGCUGAACUAGUAAACAAAAAUGCGAGUGACAUUACUGGACAACUAAUGGAUCUUUAUGCUAUUGGAAGAAAGGCUACCCAGGAAGAUGUCAAUGAGUUCACGAAGAUCACAAAGAAUUUGGAAAGGCUUUUCCAACAUCCGAUGUUCUCAAAGAUUGUGGCGAUGGAUGGGCAGGCAAAUUUCCAUGCUGUGCCUCCUGAGUCGAUAAGGAAACUCUAUGAAAGAAUCCUUCGAGGUGGCAAAGCAACAAGGCGUAGGAACGUGCACUACAAUUUCUUUCGUCUGCUUUACGGAAUUUCUCAUUCUCAUACAUUGCUAACCUGUAAUUUGAGGGAUGGGCUGAAAGAAACAUUAAAAAAGAGGGAAGCCAACUCGCCAGAAGCUGUCUACAAAUCUAAAGUGGCAUGCAAUUUCUUAAUGGAGCUCAUUGAAAGGGAGCGCCUACAUAGAGGACUACGCAUGGUUGAGUGGCAAUCGGUUCAAAACCGAUACCGCGAAAUGGUCACUAAUGACGAAAGUGAAGAUCGAGAGCUCAUGAAUACUUACAUCGAAAAAUACGGCAUGGACUUCAGCAUGAACUCACUGAAUAGCGAAUUGAUAAAGAAGUGGACUGGUAGAAGCCAAGCUGUGAAAGGAUUCACGAUGCCGCUCUUCUUACCUAUCCACCACGAGAUGAGAAACAACUUACUGUUUGUAGGAUUCAAUGACGACGCGGUCUUGUACAGUGAGGAAGAACUGCAAAGAGACAAAGAGCUGUGGCAGUCAGGAGAACGAGCAAAGGACAAAAAAUUCGAGAAGGAGCGAAACAAUCCUGUCAAAAAAGAACGAGGCAAUGAGUUGGAAGGUGUGGUUCCUCUGAGAAGCCGCCAAGCUCACACGGAAAGGAGCGAUCUUCUUCUAUCACCCGAUCCAACUCAUUCUUCACCGUUUGCCACGGAAGCUAAACCGAGUCAAAUGUAUCCACGACAGCAGUGGAAACCUGAGCCGCCAAAAGAGAAAUUGAAUAGUUAUGGUGCAGCUGAACCACAAUAUACUCCCAAAUUUGCUACUCCUGAAGACGAUAACCCCGAUAGCGAUUCGGGUUCUGAUGAUCCUAACAAUGAAACCGGUGUGUUCACGGAUGAUGAACAACCUCCGAACAAGGAACCAACGAGCAAACCGCAAGAAAAAGAGUUUGGUGCCACUGGGUGGAAGUCGAAAGGUGCAACGUCAUCGCCGAAACCGAAGCCUAAUGCAUCUAGCUCUGUUCAAAAUGAAAAUGCGGCUCCUCGCCAAUCUCCGUCAAUGAUGCGAGAGCCAGCAAACAUCAGCAACUUGCCGAAAUCACGUGCAAAUCCGUGGGAAAUCGAAAACGAGGUUCCUGAACUAGUGAAACCAACGGCAAGGUAUGAACCUCCUUCAUCCACAGUGCCACAUGCCCCAGUCGGAUCAGGCUCGUCUGCAAACAUUUCUACACAACCACCCUCCCUCUGUCUCAACUCCGCGUCAUCGUUCCGCUUUCGAAGCUUGAAAGGAAUGAGUUCAAAUCACCUCAUGGAACUCGUGCUCCUGCUGAUGGUGGGACCGAAAACCGUACAAGGAAUUUGUAUGAGCGUCGAGCUCACACAGAUUCUCAGCAGGACCGGUACGAUCGCAGAGGAGACAAUGAAAUUAACCAGGACCGGUACGAUCGCAGAGAAAGUGGUGAAUUCCAACGGGAUCGGCUUGUCUGCAAACAUUUCUACACAACCACCUCCCACUGCCUCGACUCCACGUCAUCGUUCCGCUUUCGAAGCUUGUAAAUCUUUCGGAAUUCAAGAGGAAAGGAAUGAGUUCAAAUCACCUCAUGGAACUCGUGCUCCUGCUGAUGGUGGGACCGAAAACCGUACAAGGAAUUUGUAUGAGCGUCGAGCUCACACAGAUUCUCAGCAGGACCGGUACGAUCGCAGAGGAGACAAUGAAAUUAACCAGGACCGGUACGAUCGCAGAGAAAGUGGUGAAUUCCAACGGGAUCGGUACGAUCGUAGAGGAGAUACUGAAAUUAACCAGGACCAUUACGAUCGCAGAGAAAUAGGUGAAUUCCAACGGGAUCGGUACGAUCGUAGAGGAAAUAUUGAAAUUAACCAAGACCGGUACGGUCGCAGAGAAAGUGGUGAAUCGCAACAAGAUCGGUACGAUCGUAGAGGAAAUGUUGAAUCUCGACAGGACCGUGAUGGAUACUAUCGCAAUGAUGCCCCAUUCCGACCACAUGAGGAAGUUCCUUCCGGAAGGGGAAGCCGUCUUCGUGAAGAGCAAAACUUCCGAUCUAGUGCGACAGAUCGCCGCGUAGAGAACGACUACCAUGAUGCUCGUGACCAUUUCCGUUCGCAAAAUAGUCGUUCCACUCUUGAGAAUGGUCGCUCCAAAACCCAGCCAAGAGGCACAGAUGGGUCGAUAUUCAGCCAGCAAAUCGACGAAAGCUGCAUCAGACGCGAAACAUCUCGCAUGUCAUCUCGAAUUAUACCGAGUAGAGAAAGAUCCCCUCCAGUUACACAACGCUUCGUAGCUGAUCCAAAUAACCGUCCUUAUCCGGACGCUCAGCGUACGUCCGGAGGCGCUGGCUUCUCACGUAGUGAGUUGCGCGACUACGAUCAACGGUGA